AUGCCACCAAAGAAAGAUGCAUUUGCUGACCUAUUUCAAUCGGCGAGUACCACAAAGAACAGUGGCGUAAAUUCCAGACUCAAUAAACUAUCACUCGUUGAGCGUCAAAAGUUGGAGCAACAACAAGGAUCAACUCAUUCAUUGAAUUCCAGCUGGUCCAAUUUGGAUAUCUUGUCACCACAGCCUACUAGGGGUGGCAAUAGCAACAGCAACAACAAUGGAUCUCAAUUGGCGAGUGCUCGACUGUCGAAUCUUGUAAGUGCUGUGGGAUCUCAGUCCAAUACACCACAAGCCACUGUUGAUGAUAGUGAUCCAUUUGCUAUUUUCAACAAGACUAGCAAUGAAGAUGUGAACAGACACACGGCGCAACCGGUCAGUACCCAAGCCAGCGCUGCAACUCCCCAAGAAAUGUCGUUGCUUGAUGAUGACUUUGUAGAUUUGUUUCCUCAGCAGAAGAAGCUACAACAACAACAACAGCAGCAGCAACCACAGAAACCGCUGGAGCCAGCGGAGCCAGUGCCGCUAGUGAAAACACCAAGACCAGAAGGGAUGCCAGCCAGAUCAAAUGCACCAUCAACAAGAGCUAGCAGAUCCAAUGCCUCCACACCGAGGUCCUCCAAUGGUAAUUCUUCUUCUUCCAAAGAUCACACACUUGCAGAGCUUGUGGAUAUAGGAUUCAUGAUAGAGGACGCCAACGAUGCAAUUGCUCAUUCAGGAACAGAUUUACAGAAAUGUGUCAACUACAUUAUGAACAAAAACACUCUGCAAUCACAAUCCAGAACCAAUUCAAGAACCAGAGCCAAUACCGAAAAUGAUGAAGAAACAGACGAUCCAAUUCUUGGUAAACGUCCUGACUCAAUCAAUUUAAAUGAGCUAGGCAACAACUUGUUUCAAAAAGCAAACACAUUUAUCAACUUUUCCAAACGUAAAGUUAUGGAAAAUAUCGAACAACUCAAUAAUGGUAGUGUCUCACCAUUUGAGUUUGGACGUGGAUCAAACAAUGGUUCGGCGUCACCUAAUUUACCCGAAUGGAUGAGAAACCAAGCCAAGUAUAAAUCACAAGCAUAUGAGAAAAAAUAUGGCGGAGAGGAUUAUGGCGAAGAUGAAGAUAACAUCAAUCAAGAAGAAAUUGAUAGGUUCAUGCAAAAGCAAAGGGAGAAGGAGAGACAUAGGUUGAGACAAAGAUUUGAUCAGAAAAUAAGUGGUGGCAGUAUUGGAGACGAAGAGGGUGUGGGAAGAAUGGGACGCAAUAGUGUCUCUUCAUCAUCGCGAAGCUCCAUGUCGAAAGAGGCUUCACCAGCUCCUGCAAAACCGCCAAGACCUGCUGCAAAGAAUAGCUUUGGUGGUGAAGGCAAGAGCCAAGUUUCACCGGAGGCAGUGGCGAAAGCACCCACAAAUAAGAAAGAACAAGCACCACCACCAGCAGAAGAAGUUGAUUUAUUGGGUAUUGGGGCACAGAAGAGUGGGGUUAUCGCCACACCAUCUGAUUUACGUGAUACUAGUCCCUUGAAUCAAUUUAUUGAAACUGAUUAUACCACCCACAAGACCAGAGCUACUGAAGCAUUCAAGACUGGUGAUUAUGCCACUGCGUUGGAAUCAUACACCACUUGUCUUUCCAUCUUGCCACCAAAACAUGAGUUACGAGUGGUAAUGAAUUCCAAUUUAGCAUUGACCAAUAAAUUACAAGGGCACUUAAAACAGAGUUUGGAAAAUGUUGAACAAGCUUUACUGUUGAUGCAAUUGGAAGAGUGUGAUGUUAAAAACAAUAACAGUAGUAGUUCUAGGGGUGCAACUCCGCAGUUGGCUGGAAAAUCAGUAAAGUAUUGGUAUUUGAAAGUUGUUAUUGUUAAAGCUGAAGUAUUGGAGUUACUAGAAAAAUAUGAGUUGGCCUUGAAGACGUAUAAUUUGUUGGUUCAGAAAUUAGGGUGUGUUGAUAAGAAAGUUAUGGAUGGUAAGAGAAGGGUAGAUCGGAUCGUUAAUCCUGACAGCUACAAACCAACAAAGCCAACUCCAAAACCAAGCACAACCGCAUCCACCACAACCAGCAAAAGCUCAACCCCAAAGCCUGCUACAACUAGUACUAAAGCAACCACUACCAAGCCCAAUAGAACAACCUCCAUUGCUACUGAAGUGGAGCUAGAUCCAUUAGCAGUUGAUGAAAUCAACAAUUCUAUAACCCAAUGGGCGCAACUGAAGAACAAUGAUUUGCGACAAAUGUUGAUCAACUUGCAAGUGAUUAUCCCACCAAACUCAAUAACCAUAACUCCCAAGUUAUUGACACUAACUUUGAAUGACUUGGUGUUGCCCAAACAAGUGAAGUUAAACUACAUGAAGGUGAUUAGUUCUAUCCAUCCUGACAAACUAGCUAGUCAGUUGUCUAAACAACUGAAGGAGGACAAACGGGUGCAAUUGAUUUGUAAUGGGGUGUUUAUCAUUUUGAAUGAACGAUGGGAAGUGUUUAGAAAAGAAGAGAAUAUAUAG